AUGAAGCGAAUAAGUCAGCCAUCGGUUUUAAACUUUUUCGAGAAGAAAAAAAAAUCCGAAAGUAGAACCACCCUGCAAAUUAAUCAACCCUCAUCUCUUUUUGUGUCUGACCCAACUGAUCCUGAAGCUUCAAGUCCUUCUGAAAAAGUUUCUUCCGUUGAAGGAGAACAAGAGCUAUUAUUUGAAAAUGAUGUAGGAAUCUAUUUAGGAAAUCCACCGACAGAUAACGAAAAAAAGUUUAAAGUUUUUCAAAACCCGUGGAUGCCACCUUUAUCAUAUAAAUUUCCUGUGAGUGAUAAACGACGUCUUUCUUUCCAACGCCACUGGAUGGAACAAUAUUCUUGGCUCGUAUUUUCAGAUGUUGCCAAAGGUGCUCUUUGCAAAGUGUGCGUUUUAUUUGGUCGUAAUCAUGGUGGUCGUGGUGGACAAGAACUACGGUCUUUAGUUGCCAUCCCAUUUAUAAAUUGGAAAAAAGCUAAACAAAUAUUUGACAGUCAUACCGAAGAAAAUAGGAAAAAAUUGAUCUCUAUUGUUGAAACUGUAAUCUUAUGUGGUCGUCAACAAAUAGCUUUAAGGGGUAAAAAUGAAACUGGCAAAAUAGGUUUAACAGAACCCCCCUAUAAUGAUGGCAACUUUCGUGCAAUUUUGCGAUUUCGUGCAAGAUCGGGUGAUCAUUUCCUAAAGGAACAUAUUUUAUCCCAAACAUCCGACAGUCGAUCAAUGUUCACGUCACCAACUAUACAGAACGAAAUUAUUGAUCUAUGUGGCAAUUUUAUUCAAGAAAAUGUUGUCAAUAGAAUAAAAUAUGCUGGAUUUUUUACCAUUCUUGCUGAUGAAACGCAAGACAUAUCAAGGUACGAACAAUUAGCUUUGUGCAUUCGGUACGUAGACGAUUCUUCUGCAGAUAAUGUAUUUAUCAGAGAAGAUUUCUUAGAGUUUGUGCAUGUAAAAGAUGUGACAGCUUCAGCGUUGGCCACCACCAUCAUGCAAUGUAUAAUGACUCUUGGAUUAGAUAUGGAGAUGUUAGUUGGCCAAGGAUAUGAUGGCGCUGCUGUGAUGAGUGGUCAAUUUCGAGGAGUGCGCACAAUAAUCUCAGAGAAAUACCCAAAAGCUCAGUUCAUCCAUUGCUCAGCCCAUACUUUAAAUUUGGUUUUGGCACACUCUUGUGAAAUCCCUAUGAUCCGAAACUGUAUUGGUACUAUUAAGACUGUAAUUAAUUUUUUUAGACAAUCCGCGUUACGUGAUGGUCUUCUUAAAGAUGCAGCAGAGUCAGCUGGAGCUAUUCACUUGAAUCUGGUUUCUCUUUGUGAAACCCGUUGGACUGAAAAACAUUUGGCAGUAGAACGAUUUGCAGAAAUGUUUUCUGUAGUAACAGAAGCACUGCAAGCUCUACAAGAUAGUCGAAGAGAAUGUGCAUCACAAGCCUACCAAUUAAAACAAGCAAUAGAAAACUCACAGUUUGUAGUAUCGAUGCUCAUUUUGCGAAAAGUUUUCAGUUUCACGUCAACUCUUAAUAAAAUUCUUCAAACUCAAAAUAUUGAUUUGACCGAAGCAUGCAAAUAUGUAGACAUCGUAAAAAAAACAUUAGAAGACAUACGAAAUGAUGAUGAAUUUUUAAAAAUUGUGACAGAUUCUAAAGAAUAUUUAGGUAUUGAGUCACUUACAGCACCUAGAAUCACAAACAGACAAAAAGGACGAAGCAAUAAUCCUGCAGAGACAGCCGAAAUAUAUUAUAAAAUAAAUGUUUACUAUCCAUUUCUUGACCAUGUUCUAAGCGAACUAGCAGCCAGAUUUUCUAACCAUCACGAAAAGAUCGGGAACCUACAGAUCUUAAUUCCAAAAUUUAUGAAAAAUAAGAAUGAUGCUAAAAGCAAAUUGACAGAAAUCCAUAAAAUGUACCUGGUAAAUGAAAAACUUGAAAAUCUGUUGUGUGAGUAUCAAUUAUGGACCAAGAAGUGGGAAGGAAUAAGUGAUGACUUGAAUGAGUUUAAUGCAAUUAAAACAUUGGAAAAGUCCACUCUUCCUGUGUCUACUGCUAGUGCGGAACGUUCCUUUUCUACAUUAAAGCGGUUAAAGACGUAUUUACGAAACACCAUUGGUCAAGAGCGACUAACUGGACUUACUCUUCUAAAUAUUUAUAGAGAUGUAACUGUCGAUCCUUUACUCAUUGUGAACAAGCUAACACAACGUAGGAAACGAUUAAAUUUACUUGUAUAA